CGUUAACCAAGGUUAGUUCCAAGCCCAAGGCCAGCCAGGGACUGCCCUUGGACGCAGCAGCCGAUCUCCAUCAACCGUUUGAGAUUUUGGGCCAUCUCGCAUUCUUCGCCCACACAACCUGCUCGCCUUACGCAAGCGCGAGCGUUGUUUACGUUAGGCACCAGCUCGCUGCGAGUCUUUUCGCCGUCUCGCAACCGAGCUACGCUCCUUGUGGCGAAUAAUUAUUGUACUGACGUUAGCUAUUUGGCUCGCGGGAAGCUCAAGCUCUGCGAGCCCCGCCGUGGCUUCCAUCGCUUCCACCCCUGCCUCGACCGCCUCGACUGCCGCCGCUGCCUGCGACCGCUGCUGGCCACGAGCCGCGCCACCAUGUCGUUCAAGGUCAAGGCCCUGUAUGAAUACACCUCGAGCCACGAGGACGAUCUCAACUUCGCCGUCGGCCAGAUCAUCACCGUGACCGAUGAAGAAGACGCCGAUUGGUACGGAGGAGAGUACAUCGACGAGGCCGGCACGAAGCACGAGGGCAUCUUCCCUCGGAACUUCGUUGAGAAAUACGAGCCCACUGCGCCGCCCAGGCCGACAAGGGCGCGGCCCAAGAAGGAGGCCGAGCCUGCUCCCGCCCCCGUCCCUGAGACUGCUGCCCCUCCCGUCCCACCGCCAGAGUCCUCGCACCUUCAGGCUGCCCCAGAGCCCGGGGACACGCCGGAGCCGGUGACCGCCGGCUCUCCUUCGGAGACCCUCCCUGCUGCCCCGCCGGCACCGGCGGCUGCGCCAGCGCCUCCCGCGCCCAAGCCGGUCGAGCCGGCGCAGCCUCCUGCGCCCGCCCCCGCUCCGGCGCCGCCCGCCCCGCAGCCUGCCGAGGUUCCGUCUGCGAGUUCUCAGGCUCCCCCGAAACCGGCCCCUUCGACGCCCAAGCCCAGCGGCCCGCCGCCCGUUUCCGAGAAGCCCACGAGCAGCUCGUUCAAGGAUCGCAUCGCCGCCUUCAACAAGGCUUCUGCCCCGCCGAUCGCCCCGUUCAAGCCGAGCAGCCUGAGCUCCGGCAGCUCCGCCUUUAUCAAAAAGCCCUUCGUCGCGCCGCCCCCAAGCAGGAACGCCUACGUCCCGCCCCCGACCCAAGUGCCCGUCGCCAAGAUCUACCGCCGAGAUGAGGAUCCGGAAGUAAAAGAGCAAGAGGCCGAGGCCCUCGAAAAUGCGGGGAAGGCGGGGCUUGUCCCUGCGGCUUCGACGAACCAAGGCGACGCUGCCGAGGACCAGCCCAAGCCCAUGAGCUUGAAGGAGAGGCUGGCGCUGCUGCAGAAACAGCAGAUGGAGACCGCCGCUCGCCAUGCUGAAGCCGCUGCCAAGAAGGAGAAGCCGAAGCGGCCGCCCAAAAAGCGCCUUGAUAGUCAGGACACCAUCGAAGGCGAAACGGGAGAGAGAACCGAGGAGACCCGCAGGACGUCCACAGACGAGGCGCACCCCCCUCGCCUGGCCCAUCCGCCUCGUCGUAAGUCUUCCAAGGGAGCGGAGCCCCGCGACGGUAAUGAGGCGGACAUGUCCGGGGCCGGCGAGACAACUGAGGGUCAGGAGGAUGUCACGGAAAAGGAGGACAGCGAUGAGAAGGCCGAACACGUUGCCACCGUAUCCAAGCAGGAGGACAGUGACCAAAAUGAGGAAGAGGACGAAGAAGAGGAGGAGGAGGACAUCGACCCGGAGAUCCGGCGCAAAGAGGAGCUGCGCGCGAGAAUGGCCAGAAUGGCCGGCGGCAUGGGCAUGCCCGGAAUGGCCAUACCCCUGUUUGGCGCCCCCGCUCCGUUGCCUCCCAAGAAGAAAAAGGCUGCGCCGGAGAAGCGCGCUGAGGAGAUUGAAGAGCCGGCCUCGCCCACGGCACGGGCGGCUCCUAUUCCCCUCCCCGGGCUGAUGCGGCCUCCACCUCCGCCAGAGGCGAGGCAACCUGAGGCGGAAGAAGAGGAAGAGGAGGAAUCCCGUUUGAGGACUCCGCACCAGGAAGCCGCUCUGCCCGUCCCGUCGCAAGAAGCACCUCCCCCUAUCCCUGUUGGGAGACCGGCUCCGCCCCCUGUGCCUACUGACUCCCGUCCGCCGCCGCCGCCUCCACCUGCCUCUGCGGCCAUCAAGUCACCGAGCGAAGGUUCGGCCUCGGGUGAUGAGCUUGGGGAGUCUGACGCUCCACAGCCGGUUGCUCGAGCUCCGCCCCCGCCCCCGCCCGCGGCAGCGGUGCCACCGCCGAUUCCCACGUCACCCCGUCUGUCUCAGGACAGCGGCGCUUCUCUUGACCAAACAUCCCCUUCCUCCCCGCGGGAACCGGCACCGAGCAAGCGCAACAGCAGGCCACCACCGCCGCCGGUUCCGAGCUCUCCGCCAGCCCCGCCGCCUGCGCAGACAAGGCCGCCUCCUCCGCCGCCCUCGGCUGCGCCGCCACUGCAUCGGACCUCAACCGGGGAUUCCAGACCGCCGCCGCCGUUACCGGCGGCACACAGGGAGAGUGACGACGGCGAGGAAGAGGAGGUUACGGAGUAUGAGGGGGAUUACGACACUGACAUCGCUUCUUCUGUUCCCCACAAGGAUGCGCUCAAAGCCCAUCAGCGUGACUCGAGCUUUGAGGACGUGGUCUCCCCGCGGUCUCCCACCGCAGGAGCGCCGCCCAUCCCGAUCGGAGCGCCACCGAGAGCCGGGCCGCCGCCGGUCCCGAGUCAACCCCCGCCGGAGACUCGGAGAUCCGUAGACGUUCCCCGAUCGCCCCCACCACCACCGCCGCCGCCGCCCAAGGAGACGCCCCGCUACGAUGAUGACUACGACCCCUAUAACUACACGGCGCCUUCCCAGGGCAUUCCCGCAGCGCCCUCGUACCCGAUGCCGACGCCCCCUCCGCCUCCGCCUUCGAGGCACCAACAGGAGGACAUGUUCUCCUUUGAAGUCCCCUCGUACGGUGGCUCUCAGGUCCCGAGGUCCCCCCCUCCUCCCCCGCCUCCUGGUCGGGCUCCGACACGGCAGUCAAUCGAUCACCAGCGUCCAAGCAUUGGCCGUCGGUCCGUGGAUGUCACUCGCCCGUCAAUGGAGUCUAGCUUCGUUGCGAAUGACAUCGACCUAGCCAGCCAGUCAGGCUGGUGGCUGCAACCUAACGGUCUCCCUCCCCAGCUCCACGGUCGCAAAGAUAUCUUCUUCGAGUCCGAGGAGUCGAGCGCCGCCGACCCGCACCAGGGCGGCAAGACCAUCGUGACUCGCGACAUCUACGUCCUCUACCAGGACUACUCACAGACCGUCAUCACAGUCCGUUUCAACCCGCAGGAUCCGUCCGACGUGCACCUGGAACAGCGCCACGAACCACCUCCGCGCGCUCUGCGCCAGGACCAGCUCGAGCAGAGCUACGAACGCUUCGGCCGCGCCAUCGGCGAGGCUGCUGCGUCCAAGAAAGACACAAUCGUCGGCGACGGCACGCCGCAGGCACUCGUCUACGAGCUGCUGCGGCCCUUCAAGGACGCGCUCCUGCCCGUCGGCACGCGCGCCUACGGCGCGCUCGUGUACAGCAACCUGGCGAACGCGAGCACGACGCAGAACGACGAGAUCCGGCCGGGCGACAUCGUCAGCAUCCGCAACGCCAAGUUCCAGGGCAAGCACGGCCCCAUGCACGCCAAGUACAGCGUCGAGGUCGGCAAGCCCGACCACGUCGCCAUCGUCGCCGAGUGGGACGGCACCAAGAAGAAGGUGCGCGCCUGGGAGCAGGGCCGCGAGAGCAAGAAGGUCAAGGUCGAGUCCUUCAAGCUGGACGACCUGCGCUCCGGCGAGGUCAAGAUCUGGCGCGUCAUGCCCCGCAGCUGGAUCGGCUGGGAGGCGAAUGCCGCCGCCGGCGGGCAGGCUGGGAACUAGGAGGCCCUGCUGGCGAUGCAGAUGAGGGAUCCGAGGGGGUUUGCGGCUGGCGGAGAUCUGGUGGGCGUGUUGGUUAGGGUGGCGUUGAGUGCGGGGUGCUGAGUGUGGGAAGGGUGGUGUUUGAAGUUGGGUGUCUGAGUUUGAGUUUGAGUAUUGAGGCUGAGUCAGGUCCAUCAUCAGCAAAGGCAACGCAAGGCGACACGGUGCAGAGCAUAUCGCCCCGCUGUGGAGGAGAGGGCCCAGAGAGAAACAGUUUCGAUUAUACAUUUAGCACAGCACACUCUCCCCCCCGAUGCUUGUUUAGCUAGUUUGUUGCAUCAUUAUGUUUACUGGUUUGUUUCACCUGCCGCCUGUUGACUUGCCUUGUCGUGUUUACUUGAGCGUGCUGGUGUGCUAGUUGUUCCGCCGACGGCUAACUGCGAGCGCUGAACUCCCGGGCUCAUCAUUUCCACCAGGAGGCCACCUCUUGGACUUAGUGUUUGUCGCUCAUUUCACGCACUCCGUCCAAACGAGCCAGGCUACCUCCUCCCACCCAAGACUCCUGCCUGGUCUACUCCCUACAAUUAGUGCGGCAGGGCAUCUCAGGAACAGAACGUUCGCGCCCGACUUCCGCUUGAG